AUGGUCGUCCAGCGCCGGCCCAUGGACGUCGAGGCCGAAGUGCCCACAGCCGUGUACGCACUGGACCUGCAGCGCGUGAGUCAGUUACUGUGUAUUCCCGAGACGGAGCUGCUCUCAGGCUUCCAGGCGGAUCCGACUCGGUCCGACAUUCAGGGCGUCAUUGUCGAUGCGGGCGAGAACGUCCCGUUCGAGACUGUGGAGCACAAGGCUGAACGUUUGUCCGAAAUCGUGGCUGUGGAUGUCAGGAAUGAAGUCGGGGCGCUGGCGUUGCCGCCGACUCGCUCGAGCAUGCGGCCUCCCCUGCCUCCCGGUCGUCCUACAGCCGCUUCCCCCAUGAUCGUGACCCCUACGUCUCGACGCGCUGCCGUACGCCAAGUUCUGCUCACUGCAGCAGUGCGACCUGGCAGUCUGGACAGGAAUCAGAGACCCAAGUGCCUGAUUCAACUGGGCCAGCAGACGAUCAUCAGUCACAUCCUGACGCAGCUUUACGCUGCUGGCAUUGAGCGCGUUGUGGUCUCAGUAGCAGCAGCUGGUGGACAGAUUCUAGCUGCCGUCAAGCAAACGCCGUUCUAUACCAAGAUGGAGAUCAAGUUUCUGGACUUAGGGAAAGAUAACAAUAACGGGCACGCGCGCUCUAUCCUAGCAGCGAGGAGCAUGUUUCCAGGUCCAGAGCCGUUUCUGAUUCAUACGGCCGACCAUAUUUUUGACAAGUCGGUGGUGUCCAAGCUAGCUGCGUAUCCACUCGGCGACGCAGUCGCGUGUGUGCUUGUGGAAACGGAUAUUGCCGAACUGACGGGUCUGCCACGGACGACUGUCAAAGUGAAGGUCAAUGAGGACCACCAGUACGUGACGCACAUCGGUCGUGACCUGGAGAAUUACGAUGGUAUCGAUGCGGGGUUGUUUUUGAGCUCGCCGGGCAUUUUUGAUGCAUUGGACGCUCUUGCGGGGCGAAAGCGAUAUUUCUCCUUUGCAGAAGCGCUCGACAGCUUUACCUCCGAUGUUUCCAUUGCAAAAACGUUGACAGCGUCGAGCCCCAGCCGAUUGAUCUAUCUCCCAACCGCUGGAGAAACCUGGUUCAGUAUCGAAACUGAGGAACAGUUAGCUUACACGCAAGACACUGAUGGUACGGCUGUGUUGUCUCCCUGGACGGUUUUCUUGGCCUCCACACCUGUGGGAGACCCGUCGCUUACGAAAAAUGUGGUUAUCGGAGUUUCGGCGCCGGAUCCAAACCUGUCCCUUCGAGUUGCUGGUAACACAGAUAGCUCUACGCUGUUCAAAGGUUUCGUCGUUGGCGUGGGCAAUACGUACAAUUUAAAGGACGAAGAUGACGAGAUUGACAUCAAUGUGGAGGGCAUCACUCCUGCCGAUGCCUGUAACUCAGAAGCUCGGCCUCUUUUAUCGUUCAGUGCCAGGUCGAAAGGACUAUGGUCAGAUCGCUCUACACGAUCUCCAUUCUCCGCGCGUUCGUUCAUGGAUAGCAAGGGAUCCACGCUUGAGAAUGACGGAUCGUCUCCAUUUGUGUUGUCGAUCCCCAUGGAUGAAGAAACUUCUAAGACGGUGGAGGAAGGGAGCUCAAACCACCACGCAUACUUGAUCGAAAUAUCUUCAGCUGAUCCGUCUGGCGUUGUGCCUUCUGCAGCGGGUAUGUCCGAGUACUUGCUCGCCGUGCCAGGUAAACAUGAGCCAGACUAUGACGAAGACGAAGCCCGCAUUGAAGGAAGCUUAGCGACCCCACGGGCUACAUUGACGCCUCUGCACAAAGCGACCAUCCUGCCAUCGGAUAUCACACAAAUCUCGUUGAAUACACGGGGAUACGAGGAAAGUCUCGAGGUGACUGUCGUGGUAGAGCGCAAGGCACCGAUUAUUGGCUACCUGCUGCUGCUGUCAUCUCUGUUUACAAUCUCGUCGGUGGGUGUUGCUCUGGAUAUGGUGGACGAUGUCGUUACGCCCGUGAUUCGUAUCUUCUGGCGAAAUAUGGCCACGUCAAUGGUCACGUUUCCUUUCGCAGUGAUGAUCCUUUGUCGGGGCUCAGGUGGGCCUGGUGGUCAGCAUUGGAAGGCGCUGGUUCCUCCCAUUAUUGUAGCCGGUAUGGCGUACGCGUUCUUUCUGGGAUCAUUUGUCGCGGCGCUGUCAAUAACGUCUGUCGGCCAUGCUACGCUGUUCAACAACGCACACUCUACGCUGCUAGUGUUCUGGAAGCUUGCGCAGCGCAAGCCCGUGGCUCAGUUUGAGGCUCUAGGUGCUGCAAUUGGUGUCGUUGGCGGUGGGAUCACAGCUAUGGAUACGACCAGAGGAGGCCCCAACAUUGUGUCGCCCACUGCAGUCGGUGACCUCGUUGCACUUGCAGGGGCUGCUGGAGGAGCAUUAUACUUCACAUUGGCCAAGAAAGUGCGCCCGCAUAUGCACCUGCUUGUUUUUCUAUGUGGCCUUACCGCCACAUCGGCCAUGACGCUGCUUGUGUACAUGCUGGCUUCAGGCCAAGAGUUGAGUCUGUCUACUGAUCCGUACAACGGCAUCUUCGGGUGGUUGACCCCGUCUGUUAAUCGGCUGCUGGUAGUUCUCUACCUUGUCUUCAUAUGCGAUUGCAUCGGCACCAUGGGUUACAUCGGUGUGAUGAAAUACUUCGACCCCAUUGUUGUGUCGGUAGUAUGCCUGAUGGAACCUAUUGUAGCAACGGCGCAGGGCAUUGUCAUGGGCGUUGAUGCUGUGCCUGGACUGUGUACUUUUGUGGGAGCUUCCCUCGUGAUCGGUGGCACAUUCCUCGUGCUUCAGUCGCAGAGUCACAAAACGGAAGAAGUUGACGCCACAGAAGCCGUCCUCGCGUCGAAUGCCACUCCGCGUGCAGUGUACACUUCGCGCUCGCGUAAGAAGACCCCGCGAUACGGCAGUACGCCCGACGAAUAA